AUGGCUCCUAAGAAGAUAGUGCGUCAACCCCAGCAGAGUGGUUAUGUACAGCCGGUGCCUGCGGACGGGCUGAACGUGAUUGGCGUGGCACAUGUGUACGCCGGUUUCAACGACACGUUCAUCCACGUGACUGACUUGUCGGGCAAGGAGACUUACUGCCGUGUUACUGGUGGUAUGAAGGUGAAGGCGGAUCGUGACGAAUCUUCUCCGUACGCAGCCAUGCUUGCGGCCCAGGAUGUGGCGGUACGUUGCAAGGAGCUCGGCAUCACUGCCGUGCACAUCAAACUCCGUGCUACUGGUGGUGUCCGUCAACGCGCUCCCGGUCCUGGCGCUCAGGCUGCCCUUCGAGCACUCGCUCGUAACGGCCUCAAGAUCGGCCGCAUAGAAGAUGUCACCCCCAUCCCAUCUGACUCCACUCGCAGAAAGGCCGGCCGUCGCGGACGCAGGCUUUAA